AUGUGGGCGUCCAGCCUCACCUCACCGCUGUUGGGAAAGCAGCGUCUGCUUGUCGAGAACUGGAUCUCCACGGACAGUAUGGGGACAGUGCCGGAGGAACAGGUCGCGGAAUUCCUUGCUUGGUUGCGGCGGCUGUGCACAGCCCGUGGUCAUACCCUGUUUCUGCAACAGCUUGAGGAUAACGUUGAGUUUUACUUGCGAGCGUACCACACACGUGGCCUGAUUGCCCGCAAACAAUUUAAGGCAGGUGAGAUGAUCUUGGCGAUUCCUCUUACAGAGGCAUCCACCGAAAACGGUGCGACCCCGGCUCACCCCGCAAUGAAGGCUGCAAGCGCCUGGGGACUUGUCCUCAACUCGGAGUCCCUGCAACGUCACUCGUUGGCGGCGCAACGCCGCGGGGUUCCUUCCUAUGCCACAGUAGAAUCCAUUCUGGGCGUGAGAAAGACCUCGUUUGAUCCUGCAGUGCACCCGUUGUUUGUGGACCAGGUGUACUGCGCGCUGCAUCUGGCCUGCGAGAGGGCUGAGGGGGAGCGCAGCCCGCUCUACCCCUACCUGCGACUUCUUGCCCCAUUUGAUGAUGACUUUAUUCGCGAGCUUCACCGCGGCGUCUUGGACCCGCAGACGCACCUCGAGUACAGCGACCACUGCGGACGUUUCUCGCACUGGCUGCGGCAGAUUCAUCAGACGUGGCUGGAGGAACACGAGGUGGCGCGAAUGAUUGAGGCGUCGUGCCGCUCGUCCCCUGCAGGCGCGGCCCCCGACAACGACAAACGCCGCGAGGCCCCAGCAACGCUCUCACGCGCCGACGACGACGACGACGAGGCCACGCAUCGGCAGCCGCCGCCUUCCAUGGAGGAGCUGACGUGGGCCUUCCGUCUCGUCUUGUCACGCCAGCGCCUUCUCCCCUUGCGGCACAACGUGGAGCCGUUUGAGCGCGUGUGCACGGAGCGCAGACGGAUGCGCGUAGAGGAGGAUGCGUGGACGCGCCUUGUCAGCAGAGUGCGGUGGACCCUCUUUGACCGCGUCUUUGGCGUGGUGGAUCAUAGGCGCGCCGCGGCGAACGACUUUGACCCGCACUCCAUCGCGUCGGUGGUGCCGGUGCUGGACAUGCUGCAGCACCCCCCGGGCGGGGUGGCCAACACCGCGGUGGCGGUGGAGUUUAUCCCCGCCGCGGCCGGCGAGGGGGCGGAGGGCGGCGCCCGAUGCGCGGUCGUUCGUGCCGUGGAAGACAUUGAGGAGGGCGACGAGCUCACCUCUCUCUUCUCCAGGUGCUACUCCCUCUCGUACACGCUCUACCGCUUUGGCUUUCUCCCGCUGCGGCGUCGCGCGGACGACGCUGCCGCGCUGGCGGAGGAAUCUCUCGGAGCCGACGUCAGCCCCCCGCCGGCCCCGCACGAGUUGCUCCGCCCAACGGCUGGCGCACCGCCACGCAUCGAACACUGA